AUGACGUCUACUAUUGUAUCAACGCCAGGAAAAGUACUUGUCGCAGGUGGAUAUUUGAUUCUAGAUAGAAACUAUGAUGGUCUAGUUGUUGCGGUUGAUUCAAGAUUUUAUACAGUGAUUAAAAAAAUUGAAGCAGAAAAUACUUUUUGCAAUAGUAAUAAUGACAAUAGUUGGAAAAUUAAUGUCAUUUCACCUCAAUUCAAUAAUACCAAGUGGGAAUAUAAAGUAAUAAUUAAUGAUUAUAACAAUAAAGAAGAUAUCAGACAAUGUGAAUUGAUGACAUUGAACUCAAAUGAGAGCGGAAAUAACACAUUUAUUGAUGUGACACUCAAAUUUGCUUUGUCAAUUAUUAUUCAGAGAAUUGAUUAUUCAUCAUUCUCAAAGAUAUUAGAAAAAGGAUUAAAUAUAUUUAUAGUUGGAAGCAAUGAUUUCUAUUCACAACGAGAACAAUUGAAAAAUCAAGGACUUGAAAUUAGUUUGGCAUCAUUACGAUCACUCAAACCAUUUUGUAAAUUAAACAAAACCUUGAAAAAUGUUCAUAAAACAGGUUUAGGAUCUUCGGCAGCAUUGAUAACAUCAUUUGUUACAGCUUUAUUCGUUCAUUUUAAUUUAAUCAAUAACAAAGAAGACGUAGAUGAUAAUUAUUCCAGAACAUUAAUUCAUAACGUUGCACAGUUUUGUCAUUGUUUUGCUCAAGGUAAAAUAGGAUCAGGAUUUGAUGUAUCAGCUGGUGUAUGGGGAAGUCAUACUUACAAGAGAUUUUCUACUAGUAUACUAGAAAAUCCAAAUAUUACAGAGAUUAACACAAUUAUCGAUCCUAUGUUAAAUAAAUGGGAUAAUCAAGUUUCGCCAUUUUCUUUACCACCAGGAUUUAAUUUAAUUCUUGCAGACAUUGAUACAGGAUCGAAUACUCCCAGUAUGGUUUCAAAAGUAUUACAAUGGCGUAAAAAUGAUCCUGAGCAAGCAAAUAAAUUAUGGGAAGAAUUGAAUAAAUACAACAAAUUUCUUGCCGAUAAUUUAACAAAAUUGACAAAAGAAUAUGAUAAUGAUCAAAAAUUAUAUUGUAAUACUAUUGAAAUCUGUUCUAAUUCUAAGGCAUCUGAGUGGUUAUCAAUAUCAGAAAAAAAUCCAAAUGAAUCUUACAUUAUAAGAUUAUUAUCAUUGAUAUAUACAACAUUCCAAAAUAUACGAAAAUUAUUACGAGAAAUGUCAAAACUGUCAAAAGUACCAAUUGAACCACCUGAACAAACUAAAUUAUUAGAUUUAUGUAAUGAAAUACCUGGUGUGGUAUUAAGUGGUGUUCCUGGUGCGGGAGGAUAUGAUGCAAUAUUUUGUAUUUAUAUUACCCCAAUUUCUUCUUCUACUACGACUGCGUUUCAUUCAAUUAAAGGAGAUGGCUGCCUAAAUAAAUUAGAGCAACUAUUUUAUAAUUAUAAAGGCUUGGAUGUAUUACCACUUUUAUCUAAAGAAUCAUCAAAGGGUGUAAGUGGAAGUUGUUGGAAUAUUGCGCUUCAAUAUUCUUCUAGGAUAUCAAGUCAAGAGAAUCCAAUUGAAGCAUUACUAGAGCAUUUUAGAACUCGUUUAACAAACCAUAUAGCUAGUCCAAGAGGUCUAUUCAAGUUACUCAAACAUUCGCCAGAUCCCGAAAAGACUGUUGAAUUGAUAUUUGGAGGUUUGAUAGAGAAAAAAUUAUCUGGUGCAGAUAUUGGCAUUAUUGAUAUCUAUGGUGCUUUAUUGGCUGCAAGAUUAUUAUUAGGUGAUGAUUCACAAACCCAAUUUAAAGAUUUUAAACUAAGUGAACAAAAACGCUUUUUAGAAGGUGGUAAGAAUCCAUUGCCUAUUUACACUGCUAUUCAUCAUGCACGUCCUUGGAAAGAUUUUUUGAAUAAGGAGGAUGCAUCUUUAAUUGAAAAUUAUAAUCAAAUAUUAAAAAAUCAUCAUAAUCAGAAAGAUCAUUAUCGAUGGUUUGAAUUUACUCCUUUUGAGAUAGGGUGUGAUGAAUUUGAAGCAUGGAUUCCAACUUGGUCAUUUGGAAGAAAAUUUGAACUUCAAAAAAAUCUUGAAAGAAUACCAGAACAAAAUUUUGCAUUAUUAAUUGGUAUUUUUGGUGCAGCACCUUGUGCUCCAAUUUUAGCAAUGAAAAAUUUGGGAGAACAAAAACAAUUGAAAUUUGAAGGACAUCAUGCAGUCCCAGCAUCAAAUAACAAAAACUUUUUAUAUCACUUGCACCCACCACCAUAUAAAUUAGGAGUGGCAAAUUCACCUGUUUUACAUUUGAUAGAUUCCGGUGCAUCCAACGAUCUGCCGUUAUAUCCAUUAACACAUCCAAAUCGUGAUGUUGAUAUAAUAAUAGGAUUUGAUUGUUCAAGUCAAAUAAAUAAACAUGAAUAUUUCGAAGAGGAACAAAAAAUUUUUACUGAAAGAAGAGGUAUCAACAGUGUACCUGUAGAUGUUGAUAGUAAUAAAUAUUGUGAGAUUUAUGAUUAUCAAGCAAAUGGUAUUUCUGGUGACGGGUUUACACCCGUGUUCAGGAAGGAUUCUUGUAAAUUUGUUUAUUUACCAUUCUUGGAAAAUUCAAAAGUUGAUGAUAAAUUUAUACCAUGUACCGAAAAAUUUUGUAAUUUUGCUAAUUUCACUUAUACAAGGGAUCAGGUUGAUUUAAUUGUUAGAUUGGCUAAACAAAAUUGGAUGGAGGUGGAAGAUAAAGUUAAAAGUGUUAUCAUUGAAACUUGGAAAAAGAAACCAGAAAGUCUUCAAGAAUCAAAGAAAAGUUACGAUGAAGAAAAUACCGAAUUAAGGUUAGAAAAUUAG